CUUCUAUUUUCUAUCUCCUGUUUCAGCUCAGUCUGACUGCUCUCUACCUUCCCAGUCAAAUAUAACUCAUUUCAUCACAGGAUUUCUUAUUCACAAUGAUGGAAGUGUGGAAUAUUCUCCUACAAUCAUUGGUUCUGUGCAUUAUGUAUGUCAAGCUCAAGGCAGCAGUAGAGGUACUUACAGAUCUCUCUCUAUCAUUGCUACCUACACUCCUAAUCCUGGACAGUCUCAGACAAGAGGUAUAUUCCAGUUAAUGUGUAGCUCUGGAUCAUGGGAACCUGAUCUUGAUGGAGGAAUUCCUGUACCAGUGUCUGGGCUCAUUGAUAUACCCACUCGCACUGACUGUCUGCUCUGCAAUCAUACCUUUGGCAAUGAUAGGUGUCAAGCCUGUGACAGUAGUUGCAAUACUGGUCUCAGAAGAUGUGUUGGAUUACAAACCAAUUGCUGUUCUUAUUUCUCUCCAACUGAUCAGUGUACCACACAAUGCCCCACUAACUUUAAUGCAUCUGCUUCUGAUGGCUUCAUUUGCAUUUGUAACAAUAGCUGUGAAGCUGGUUAUACUCUAAACACUACUACCUGUACUUGUUCACUAUCAAAUAUAUGUGAACUGAGUCCUUGUCAGAAUGGAGGUAAUUGUACACUUGUUUCAGCUCCUUCUAAUUACACAUGUGAUUGUACUGGCACUAGCUAUCAAGGAAUUAACUGCUCAAUCCUUAUUCGUUGCAUUGAUGGAUCCAUUCGUCUUGUUGAUGGUACAAACAGCUCAGAGGGACGUGUUGAGGUAUGCAGUGGUGGAGUGUGGGGUACAGUCUGUGAUGACUACUGGGACAACACUGAUGCUGGAGUUGUAUGCAGACAGCUGGGAUAUGAUUCAGGAACUGCCUUUGAUAGUGCCUACUUUGGACAAGGAACUGGAUCAAUUGUGAUGGAUGAUGUCCAGUGUGUUGGAACUGAAUCUUACCUUACUAACUGUACACACACUAUAGAACACAGAUGUGACCAUUAUGAAGAUGCAGGAGUCAGAUGUGUCUUUUGUAACAAUAGCUGUGAAGCUGGUUAUACUCUCAACGCUACUUGUACCUGUUUAUUUUCAAAUAUAUGUGAACUGAGUCCUUGUCAGAAUGAAGGUAGUUGUACACUUGUUUCAGCUCCUUCUAAUUACACCUGUGAUUGUACUGGUACUGGCUAUCAAGGAAUUAACUGCUCAAUAUGUAUUUGUUGCAUUGAUGGAUCCAUUCGUCUUGUUGGUGGUACAAACAGCAAGGAGGGACGUGUUGAGGUAUGCAGUGGUGGAGUGUGGGGUACAGUCUGUGAUGACUACUGGGACAGUACUGAUGCUACUGUUGUAUGUAGACAGUUGGGUUAUGGUUCAGGAACUGCCUUUGAUAGUGCCUACUUUGGACAAGGAACUGAAGCAAUUGUGAUGGAUGAUGUUGAUUGUAAUGGAACUGAAUCUUACCUUACUAACUGUACACACACCACAGAACACAACUGUGUCCAUAGUGAAGAUGCAGGAGUCAGAUGUGUCUUAUGUAUUACUGGAUCAAUUCGUAUUGUUAAUGGUUCACAUGAUUGGGAAGGAAGAGUGGAAGUGUGUGUUAGUGAAUCAUGGGGCACUGUCUGUGAUGAUUUAUGGGAUUCCACUGAAGCAGCAGUAGUGUGUAGACAACUAGGCUGGGGAACAAGUGGAACUGCUCUAUCAAAUGCUUACUUUGGUGAGGGUACUGGUAGAAUCCUUUUGGAUAAUGUUCGGUGCUUAGGAACUGAGCAGUUAUUGACAAACUGUGCCCACUCAACCACCCACAACUGUGGACACGAUGAGGAUGCUGGAGUAAUAUGUAAUGUUUGUACUCCUGGUACUGUGCGUCUUGUUGAUGAAUCAAACUCUAUUGAAGGAAGAGUAGAACUGUGUCAUAAUGGAAGGUGGGGUACAGUCUGUGAUGACUACUGGGACAACACUGAUGCUAGCGUUGUAUGUAGACAGUUGGGAUAUGAUUCAGGAACUGCCUUUGAUAGUGCCUACUUUGGACAAGGAACUGGAACAAUUGUGAUGAAUGAAGUUCAUUGCAAUGGAACUGAAUCUUACCUUACUAACUGUACACACACAAUGAAUCACAACUGUAACCAUAGUGAAGAUGCAGGAGUCAGAUGUGGCUUUAUCAAUACAUCUACUGCUCCGCCAUCAAAUCAGCUGGCAUCUAUUUUGAUACCAGGGACAAUCACUAUUUGCUUAUUGUCGCUGGUAGUGUUUGCAGUAGUAUUAUCUAUUGCUUGCUUUAUCAAGAAGAAAAGGAGUCAUGAGCAACUGACAAUAAAAAUCACAUCCAAUUCCUGUUUGUCUUUAGAAAGCACCAACAAAAAUGUCUAUACCUGUAACAGAAAUAUUGAGAUUUCACCUGAAUAUAUGACUCAGCUGUCAAGUUGUAUAAUAUCAAGCUCAAGCAUUAGUAUGCAAGAGACUGCUGGUCAAGGUGAGUUUGGUAUAGUUUAUCGCGGAGUGAUGACAACAGAAAAUGAAAUGUCACAAGCAGUUGCUGUGAAGACAUUAAAAGGUUUUUACAACAAAAAUGAUAUCGAUUCUCUACUGGAUGAGUGUAUUAUAAUGAUGUCAUUCGAUAAUUUAAAUGUAUUACCACUGAUUGGUGUGUGUCUUGAUCUUGGACCAGCUCCAUGCAUUGUCAUGCCUUUUAUGUCAAGAGGAAGUUUAUUGUCUUACUUGAAGAAAGAGAGACUUAAUCUUACAGUAGCUGAUACCAGUGAAGAGGAUAUUGUACUUAAUGUUAGGAAACGGUUACUCUCCAUUUGUUUACAAGUUGCUAAUGGAAUGUCUUACUUAGCUUCACAGAGAUUCAUUCAUCGUGAUCUGGCUGCUAGAAACUGCAUGAUUGAUGGUGAUGGUAUCAUUAAAGUAGCUGAUUUUGGCCUAUCAGAAGAUAUAUAUGAUCAAAACUACUUCAGACAGCUGAAAGAUUCCUCAUCAACCAUCAAACUACCAUUGAAAUGGAUGGCAAUAGAAAGUAUUCAUGAUGGACUCUUCUCUGAAAAAUCCGAUGUGUGGUCUUAUGGUGUAUUGUGCUGGGAAGUGUUCAGUCUUGGUAGGAUGCCUUAUCCUGGUCUAGAUCCAGUAGGAGUAGUGGAGUUACUGGAUGCUGGAGGAAGACUGCAGAAUCCAAAUAAUGAAGCAUGCUCACAAGAAAUUUACUCACUAAUGAUGUCAUGUUGGUCUGAAUCACCUGAUGAUAGGCUAGUGUUCAGUGAUUUGGUAUCAUCAGUCAAUGCACUCAUUGAACCAUUGGCUGACUAUGUAUCUGGACUGCUUUAACUUUAAGUCUACAUACAUCUUUCAUUUUAUAUACAUACAUACAGAAAAUAUAUAUUUUCAUAUUUUCAAUUACUUUAAUGGCCGGAUCAAAAAUAAUUCUGGUCUCUGUUGUGUUUUAGUAAGAGUA